UAAACGCGUCUAGCAAGCACUUUUUUCUUCUUGUCGGCGGGAAGAUUCGAAAAUAUACAGCCUGUAAUAGAAGGACUGGUCUGAAGGAAUUUGAAGAAAUGGCUGCCACCUUUGAGCGGGAAAUCGAGCAAGCCAUCAGGGACGAAAUCAUCCCUGGGUGUGUUCUGCAUGCUACAAAUCGCGAUGGCUCCUUCACCUACGCCAAAGCCCUCGGCACCCUCUCCAUGCGCCAACCGCGCCCUCCCCUGCAGCUCUCCACGACAAUGUGGAUCGCCUCAUGCACCAAACUCAUGACCUCCAUCUGCGCCAUGCAACUCGUCGAACGCGGCCAGCUCCGCCUCGACGACCCCGUCUACCCCCACAUCCCCGAACUCCAGUCCCGCCCCGUACUCACGGCCCUCAACGACGACGGCACCGUAGCGCAGGAACCGCAUAAGACGCCCAUCACGCUGCGGCACCUACUCACGCACACGUCGGGAAUGGCGUACGAUGGCAUGCACCCGCUGCUCGUCGCGUGGGCGAAACACCACGCUACAGGGGACGAAGAGGCGAGCAAGCCCGGCACGAUUCUGGAGCGCUUCAACAAGCCGCUUGUGUUUGAGCCGGGCACGUCGUGGAUGUAUGGUCCCAGCCUCGAUUACGUGGGCGUCCUCAUCGAGCGCGUGAGCGGGAAGUCGCUGGAGGACUUCAUGCGGGAGAAUCUGUGGGAGCCGUUGGGAAUAAGGGAUAUGUCGUUUCAUCUGCACCGGCGACCGGAUUUGAAGGCUCGCAUGGCGGAGAUGGCGAGGAGGGAUGAGGAGACGGGGAAGGUGGUUGCGAUUGAGGAGGACGAGCGGGUGAAGCAGUUGCCGUAUUUGCUGGAGGAUGGGUCCGAGGUAAGGGAUUGUAUGGGCGGGCAGGGCGUGUUUGCUAGUGCCGAGGAGUAUAUCAAGGUGUUGCGGGCUUUGCUCAGCGCGGACCAGGACGGCGAUAGGAGGGUUUUUAGGAACAAGGAGACGGUGGAGGAGUUCUUUACGCCGAAUUUAGGUCAGGGAGCGAGGGAGAUGCUGAAUGCGGUUUUGCAGAACGAUGUCAUGAAUAAUGCCAUGGGCGGGGUGCCUAGGGAGGUGGUGAAGGAUUGGGGGUUGGGCGGGUUGCUGGCCAUGGGGGAUUUGCCGGAUGGGAAGAGGGAGGGGACCAUGGUUUGGGGAGGUUUGCCGAAUUUGAUUUGGUUCUGCGACCGCAAAGCCGGCCUCACAGGCCUCUACGCUGGUCAAGUCCUCCCAACUGGAGAUGCCCAGAUCGCGAACCUGAUGCGCAAGUUCGAGGCGGGCGUGUAUAAGAUGUACAAGAGUAGAUCUGGCUGAAGGAUGCGUAUAUCAAGCUCCUGAGACACGGUUCGCAGCUGUGAAGCUUGCUCAUGGGAUGCGAAGAGGGCGGAGACGUCGUGUUGUUGUGGAGAUGGUUUGGGAUCGCAGGAUCUGGAAGUAUGCUUUAGACAAUUGACCUCGGAAUUUGAGGUAUUGCAACACCUUUCUUGCACGCUUUCUGUCGUCUCCAUGGAGAACACACAGCUUACCCUGAAACAAAAUCCUUUGUCAAGAGAUCCGGUGAGAGCCUAAAGCAAAAAGGUUGCUAGGCCACUCUCAUGUCUGUGACUCUAAUCAUCUAAUGAAAAUACCCCAACGACUACAAGAUAGACGAUACAUUAUACAAUUCUUAGUGAAGCGACAGAGAAAACGGAUUGAUGAUGGAAGAGAAGAGGAAACCAGACAGGGUUAAAAAGAGUUUAAGGCUUCGAUAGGCAGGUGGAAAUAGUACUGAUCAUGCAUGAGACGCAAAGUCCACAGG